CUGGACGGCAAGUUCACAUACGAGACAUACGAGGCACCAGCAAGAGACAGCUUCGGCAUUCCGGUCCGCUACUAUCGACCAAUAACCAGAAACACCCACGCUGAGAACCAGACCACCUCAACACCACAGCCGCCGGCCGCGACGUUCGACAUAGCGACCAGUGUGGCCAAGUUCACACGCCCACCCGCAUUUGUACACAUUCACGGCGGUGGAUACCUCAACGGCUCGCUCGACACUGAGAUCUCCGUCUGUGCUGCCAUAGCUGUUGCCCUGCAGAUGGUCGUCAUCCACCCGCUCUAUCGCCACACCGACUCGGUCAAGUUCCCCGUGCCGCAUCAUGAUGUCCAGGACGCCCUGGAUUGGAUCUUCGCCAAAGCAGAAUCCCCGUCUGAUGCGAACAGCCCCUUCUGCUUUGACCCGGCGAGAGUAGUGAUUGGCGGACAGUCAGCGGGGAGCGGGAUCGCAGCAGCCAUGGUCCAGGUUGAUGCCGAACGUGGACACGCUCGCCGGCGCUUUUGUGGCCAAGUGCUGACGAUCCCAUGGUUAUUCCAGUCCAACGUGUGGCCGUAUGAUCGCUUCGAACGGGCUGGUGUUGACAAGAGCAAGACCUCGCCUUUUCAAUGUGCUCAUGCAACAGGUUUGUCGCGGGAGAAGCUGUGCUGGUACGAGAGUCUGCUCAGCCAUCAUGAAGAGGGUUCAGAGGAAUGCCCGUUGCUCAAUCCAGGUGUCAAGCAAGGGUCCCAGCUCCGCAACAUACCACGCAGCGCCUUCAUCAUUGCGGGUGCUGAUCCGCUGCGCGACCAGGGACUUCUGUAUGCCAAGAGCUUGAUCGAAGAAGAAGUGCCGACCAAAGUAUUCAUAUUCCCUGGCGUCCCGCAUACCUUCAGAAGCUGUGUGGGACUGCCCUCAGCGGAACUCUUCAUGCCGAAGCUUUUGGACUGUAUAGCGUGGGCAAUGGAUGACAGUGAAGUAGAUGGCAGCAAGAAGAGCACUUGGGAUGUAGUUCAGAUAUCCAGGCAAUAA